AUGAGAUACGAUCCUCUGAUAUUGUUUUUACUUGCUACAUUUACUAUCUCAACAGUCUUGACUACGGGAGGAGUAGUCUGUUAUGUUGGCACCUGGGCAAACUAUAGAACAGGAAAUGGAAAUUAUUCAAUCCCGAAUAUAGGCGAGAAUUUAGACGUGGAUCUAUGUGAUCAUAUUAUCUAUACAUUCGUUGGCCUUGAAGAGGCUACCGGCAAGGUUAUAAGUCUUGACCCCUGGUUAGAUUUGGGCACUGGCACUGGUGGUACUGGCUUGAGGGGCUUCUGUACGUUUACUGACUUGAAACAAAAAAAUCCCAACCUCAGAGCUAGUUUGGCUGUUGGUGGCUGGAAUGAAGGCUCAUCGAAAUACUCUACUAUGGUGAAUGAUCCAGCAAAAAGAAAAAUUUUCAUUGACAGCGCAGUGGAAAUGAUGAAAGAGUAUAACUUUGAUGGAUUUGACCUUGAUUGGGAAUAUCCAAAUCAAAGAGGUGGAAAUCCUGUUGAUGCAGAGAACUUCAAUACACUUAUAAGAGAAUUCAGGGAAGAAUUCGACAAGUAUGGUUUCUUUUUGACUGCUGCUGUGGCCUCAGCUCCUGAAAGUGUAGAUCUUUCAUACGAUGUUCCAUCUUUGUCUAAAUAUUUGGAUCGUAUCCAUGUCAUGACUUACGAUUUGCAUGGUCCAUGGGACGGGGUAACUGGAAUCAACGCUCCUAUGUACGGCUCUAGUGUUUAUAGCAACAAUGAGACGCUAGCCGGUCUGUACGUGGAUAACUGUAUUCGUGGCUGGUUGAACAGAGGUGCCGAUCCAGAAAAACUAGCAUUGGGGAUGCCGACGUAUGGUAAAACCUUUGUGCUUUCUGAUCCUAGCAAUUACGGAAUUGGAGCCCCUACACAACCAGGAAAUGGUGGACCAGCGGGACCACACACUAAACAGGAUGGGAUGUUGGGAUACAAUGAAUAUUGCGAGUUUAAAUCAACAGAUGGUUGGCAAGAGGUGUGGGACGAUGAGCAGCAGGGCGUAUAUGCUUAUAAAAGUAACGGUGAAUGGAUUGGCUUUGAUAAUGAAAAGUCUCUGUGUAUGAAAGGGAAGUAUGCUAAAGAUUUGAAGCUUGGGAGUACUAUGAUUUGGUCAUCGGAAACCGAUGAUUUCAGGGGUAUCUGUGGAGGUAAAAAGAAUCCACUUACUGCGGCAAUUAAAGAUGGCAUAAGCUCAAACCCAACUCUCUGCUAA